AUGGCCAGGCCUAUUCGUUCUUUUAAGGUCGGUAAAGAAAAAACUUACGAAUCAUUCACAGUGAAUCGAAACCGGUCGCUGCUACAAAGGCAUUCCUUAUCUACGAAGAUGCGUUUUACACAUCAACACCAUACGGAUUUCCUGAGUAGUAAACGGAAGAUUUUCCGUCUCGGGCACGGUUCGCUAUGGGGUUUUGCCCCAUAUGCGAGAAAGACAUUCAUCGACCAAAGUCCCACUUCAUGUCGCAUUGGAUUGGAGUUGGCUAGUGUGCUCUACUUACGAUGGCAACAUCAAAUAGAUCGUAUCUGCGAAUCUCACAUGGUCCAAGCAACAUCCAUACUUUCUUCCGAGGUACAACAACUUCUUGGCAAAAUGCCAGUGAACCUCAUAACCGCCCCAGAUGAGGUUGUGGACGAUUUCGUUGUCCAUGUGCGAAUGUAUGGAACACUUAUUAGUGAUAAUGUAUAUUUGGAGAAGAAGCAUGUGGUAGAUUUCUUUGACUCCAAUUAUACGAGGUACCGCAACGCAGUGCUUAGAAAACUGAAGAUAGAGGACGGUGCUGUAGCAGAGACGAGAGGCGACUCCGACACCGUGAAGGAGCCGCGGACAGCUUCUUCUAAUAAUGGGCGACCUUCAAGUUCCAAUGAUGAUGUCCAUUCUCGGGAGCCCGACUCUGCAGAUGGUGGGUUCAAUCCAGGUGUCUCUGGCGGAUCGUAUGUGCCGCUCGACAUUCUGAAUGGAGAGAGAGUCAAUUCUUCUAAUGGUACCGGACAAGGGCAGUGUAAAACAGGACCUAGUACUUCGACGAAUCGUGAAGAUCUCACCGAAGAUGGGGAGAAAGUGCACAGCUCGAAAGACUCCAUAAAGCAGCAGUCACAUGAAUUGGCGAGUUCAUCUGAACGCUCAACCUGCACGUUGUGCCUGGCUUCCUAUCCAUUGACAAAAAUGCACGAAGUGAGCAGUCAAAAACAGCGGGUCCUUCUUAUAUCGGGAUUACUGAUGGGCAAAGAGAUAUCUGAGAACCUGGCCUGUCGUAUUUACAAGGAAUGCGGCUCUGAGUGCUCGUAUUUUUGUAGACAUCACUUGGUGAAAGCAGUUAAUCACAUCGCCAAGGAAGUCAGAAACUCAACCGGAAAGUGUUUGACACAUAGUCUCACCGUUUCUAGAGCUGAUGGAGGCGAUCUGCUGAGGCGCAUCAGAAAAGUCACGUCUAAAAUCGAUACUGAAGUAGAAGUCAAGAUUGAUGAUUUGAUAGCGUUCUACCGCGACUGUCAGGCUGACUAUCAGGAUGAGGAAAUUUACAAGUCUACUCUGGAUGGCAGUGCUUCCAAAGAAGUCAAAAAUGGGUGCCUCACAGUAACGGACACACAGCAAAAGUCAAAAAAUGGACUUACGUGGCUAAGUUUUCCUUGUUUGAUAUGCGGCAAGCGUAAUUCGAAUAUGGAGAGUUGUCCUGUGCUGAAACCAGUGGACCAAAAUCUAGUACUCCUUUCCUGUCUUGUUUCGAGUCAGGCUUUAACUUUGCAAAUGGCACAAAUGGUCUUUAAGGAGAUGUGCUAUAAGAAUAAGCGCAUAUGUUUAAAACACCACAUACAAGCAGGAAAGUGGCUGUUCAAAUCAGCAGAAGAGAUUCUGACGCAAACUCCCCCGCGUGACUUCGAUAAGCUCCCUGAUCAAGUGAAAAUGAGCUUGCUGACUCGACUUAGGGAAUAUGCUACUCAAAUCGAGGAGAAUGGAAACGUGACAGACGAGCAUUUGCUGAGAUUCUACAAUGAUUGCCAGCUGCGCUAUCAUACCGAAAGCGGUUGGACUAAUGUAGAUCUAUGGCGAUAUAAUAGAGCAGAUGCUAUGGCAGCAUAUAAGGCGAUGAUCAGACUAUCGUCCUUAGCAGAGAAACGACCGGCUGAAAUCGAAUCUGAUCCUGUGCCAACAAAACGUGCGGAUGAAGAAAAAAAUCAAGAGUCUAGCAGUUUGCUGGUUUCCAUGCUCAAUUCUGGGAGAAUCGAACAGCAACAAACAACAUUAUCAGGGAAAUGUUCUUUAUGUGGCAAGGCAGAUCCAUUCAAGCGCUACCGUAUUACUCCGCUGAGGAACACCAUCUCGAACGUCCUCCUUUCCUGUUUGAUCAUGAACGGUGUCACUGAGGCGGAGAAGGGAAAGAAGCUUUACCGGAGUUGGCAAAAAUAUGGAAAUCUAAUCUGUCACGACCACUUUCACUUUGUGGCAGAAUGGCUCCAGAAGAAGUGGGCAGGGUACGGGGAACUUACACAAGUGCGGUUGACUCAUAUUCGUGAACUGCUGCAAGAUCCACUGUAUAUUAUUCUGGUAGAUGUCUCUAAAUCUGUUGUUGGAGAAGAGAUGAAGAUGACAAGGUGCUCAUUCAAAGCUUUCUUUUCUGAGUACAAUAAAUUUUAUCAAAAAUAUAGAAAGAGGCUUGUCAAGGUAUAUCAAGACAGUAAACGGGAACUGAUGCAGGAAAGCAAAAUAGAGCAAGAAGGUGCUGCUCCGGAAAGUAUGGAUAUCUCUCAGAAUUCUGCCUACACUGAUGAAAAGAUGCCUGGAAUGGAUUGGAACGCUAUGUCUUUCAUACCCGUCGAGAGUGUUGAGAAUGAAUCUUCCGAAGAUCAUUCUCGUUCAGACUCGACGUAUGCGAGAGUUUUCCCAGCUCAUCUUUUCGAUUCGGACUCAAAACCGCUCAGCCAAGCAAGCACUUCGUCAGAAGCGGAAAACCAGAACAAUAUUGCUGAUGAAAAAAUGCCGGAAGAUCCUUCUUUUUGCACUGAAUUUUCAGCAGAAGAUCUGCUGUCAGGGCAGACUGCUACCGGUAGUAGAGAAAUGUGUAAUGCUGAUGAGCAAGAGCCUUCCACCUCGACCGAUCAAUGUAGUGCGCUUACGAAUGGAGUGUUGAGAGACGCCGCUGGACAGCCUACGUUGCCUGACGUACUUUCUGCGCCAUCAGCGGCAUCAGGGGCACACCCUCUAGAUCGAAAGGAAGUACAAAACAGAGCACUAUUUGCUAACGGAUGGGGAAUCACUAACAUUGUGAAUAUUGCGCCCAAUGACGUACUCGACCAUAUAACGUCACGGCUGGGCAUAGAAGCUGUGGCUUCAUAUCUUUACCCCAAUCAUUUCAUGCAGAGACCACCGCUGAACGAAGCUCAGCUUCGAAGUCGACUGGAAAUGUUCUACGCAUUGUCGUUGAGGAAUCAAAUGGCGCCGUUCCUUCCAAGGAUCCUCACAUUUGGUGUGAAACGAAUCUAUUACGACAGUCAUAAACGCAUACCGCUUCACUGUACGGGAGAACUACCCGGUGAUAGCGUUCUACUCACGGUAUGGUGGUCCUCAGCGGGGGUAAUAUAUCACGCUUUUAUGCAAGAUGAUCCGAAGACGCAAAAGCGUAGAUAUUUGACCCCGUCACUUUUUUUGAGCCAGCUGGGUGAAGUGCACAGGAUACUACGGACCAGGAAUAUGGAGAUGCCUUUACCUAUAAUACUUUGCGAUGAACCCCAACCCUACAUUAACCAAGAUGUAAUCACGAAGAUGCUUCAGCGAGGUAUGGAAGUUCUGCCGUAUCCUAUGAAUGCAACGGAUCUCCUACCGUCCCACUACCAUUUCUUUCCAUAUUUCUACAAAUUUAUUGAGAAUAGGGACUAUUCAUAUAUUUAUAAGUUGAGAAAUGAUUUAAAAGAUUUUAUCGCCACUAGGCCUCCAAAUUUCUACGUUGAUGGCAUAAAUGAACUUGCGUCACGCUGGAAUAAAUGUGUUGAAAUGAAGGGUACCUAUGUUGAUCUCUAA